CCCGCCCCCGCCCACGAGGAAGUGGCUCCUGCUACGCGCGGGGCCCAGAGCUGGCUCGGCGCGUCGACUGCCCAGAGUCCGCGGCCGGGGCGCCCGCAGGAGGAGCGCCAUGGCCUACCACAGCUUCCUGGUGGAGCCCAUCAGCUGCCAUGCCUGGAACAAGGACCGUUCCCAGAUCGCCAUCUGCCCCAACAACCACGAGGUGCACAUCUAUGAGAAGAGCGGGGCCAAGUGGGUCAAGGUGCAUGAGCUGAAGGAGCACAACGGGCAGGUGACAGGCAUCGACUGGGCCCCCGAAAGUAACCGCAUCGUGACCUGCGGCACAGACCGCAACGCCUACGUGUGGACACUGAAGGGCCACGUGUGGAAGCCCACGCUGGUCAUCCUGAGGAUCAACCGGGCCGCCCGCUGUGUGCGAUGGGCCCCCCGGGAAAACAAGUUUGCUGUGGGCAGCGGCUCCCGGGUCAUCUCCGUCUGCUACUUCGAGCAGGAGAAUGACUGGUGGGUGUGUAAACACAUCAAGAAGCCCAUUCGCUCCACCGUCCUCAGCCUGGACUGGCACCCCAACAAUGUGCUCCUGGCUGCUGGCUCCUGUGACUUCAAGUGCCGGAUCUUCUCAGCCUACAUCAAGGAGGUGGAGGAGCGACCGGCACCCACACCAUGGGGCUCCAAGAUGCCCUUUGGGGAGCUGAUGUUCGAGUCCAGCAGUAGCUGCGGCUGGGUGCACGGUGUCUGCUUCUCAGCCAGCGGGAGUCGUGUGGCCUGGGUCAGCCAUGACAGCACCGUGUGUCUGGCCAAUGCUGAGAAGAAGAUGGCUGUCGCAACCCUGGCCUCUGAAACACUGCCUCUGCUGGCCGUUACCUUCAUCACAGAGAACAGUCUGGUGGCAGCGGGCCACGACUGUUUUCCGGUACUGUUCACCUACGACGGUGCCGCGGGGACGCUGAGCUUCGGCGGGAGGCUGGACGUGCCCAAGCAGAGCUCGCAACGCGGCAUGACGGCCCGCGAGCGCUUCCAGAACCUCGACAAGAAGGCGAGCUCGGAGGGCGGCGCGUCCUCGGGCUCCGGGCUCGACUCGCUGCAUAAGAACAGCGUCAGCCAAAUCUCGGUGCUCACCGGGGGGAAGGCCAAGUGCUCCCAGUUCUGCACGACGGGCAUGGACGGUGGGAUGAGCAUCUGGGAUGUGAAGAGCUUGGAGUCAGCUUUGAAGGACCUCAAGAUCAAAUGACCCGUGGAGUAUGCUACUCUCAUCCCGGCUGCUGGAGAAGGGGAGAUGAGGCUAAGGGUCGCUUUGCUGAAUGUUCCUAGGGUGCCAGCACCCAGCACCCACGGGGCUGCUCCCUCAGGAAUGGGGGUGGGGGGACUUUUCUUACCUAUUGAAGGAACAUGUGCCUUUUUCUUAGAGAAAUGUAAAAAACGCCCCCGAAUCACUAUGCUGGUCAUGAACUGCUUCAGAAUACAGAGAUAAUAAACAUGUAACUGCA